AUUGGCCUUCAAAACGAACUUUAAUGGAUGCAUUCGACGAAUGCACCCACAGUCUGCUCGAUGUGGUCACCCAUCUGGCUACUUUGUUGGCCGCCCAGGAGAGUGGCCCGAAACGGCCAACAGCUGCGUCUGUGGCCAAAAAGCGCAGCUGGAUUUUCGAGGCUCUGCUGCGGAAUGGUACAAUGCCGUCCUCCACCAAGGAGGCGUUCUUGCGGAAGGUGUACCUAGAAAUGAGCGGCGAUCGAAAAAACGAAAUGUUGCGACACUUUCAGCACAUACUCGGCUCUCAGGAUCCAUUCAUCGCGGAUGCUGUCAUCCCUUUGCAGAUGGAAUCUGAUGGCUGGAAGGUUUCAAGGUUCAGACUCAAGCUGUUGCAGCCAGGACCACUGCAGCUAAAUAAACCUACCGACGGCAGUGAAGGCUAUGCCGCUCUAAAUGACCGUAAAAGAACGAUGUUAACGUCCGUCGAUGAUUUGCGACGGCAAGGCAAGCCACUCCAGUUCCAGCCCCGCUUUGAUUUUCUAUUGAGCAGAUUCGGUGUGCACCGCGCUGCCCCCAAGCGCCAGCAGUUGGUGGCCGCCUCCGUGACUUGCUCCGCCAUCUCAGAGUCCAUGGCUCGCAUAAGGGAGCCCAAGGACCAAAUGAUGCGCUUGACAUAUCGCCUGCCGCUGCCAGUAAAAAGCCCUUUGCCGGGUCAGAUGGGCCGGGAAAAGCUGGAGAGGAACUUCAUCGCCGAGGGCAAGCCUGAGAAGCACUUUUUGUCGGAUAUCAGCAUGAGCAAUGAACUGUUGCUUCUUCAGAACAAAGAUUUGGUGCUGUACUACAUCGAUCAGGCAGAGCUCAUUGAUCAUUUGAAGAAGGCCGCCGCUGGCCUGCAAUCGGAGACGUUCGAGUGCCCAGCCGGAGGCGGGGAUCAGCUCCAAAUAAAAAGAAACACUACAGUGCGGACUGUGCUGCCCGAGGUGCUGUCCGAUUUUGUACAGCCCUUCCUAGAGUCUGGCACCGCCUUCCGUCGCCUGAGUGCCCGCAUCAAGAGCCGAGGACCUCGUCUGGAGGGACCCCUUAAUCGGGCCAUGCGGGACACCAUCAUUGAUUUUUUGUCCACCAAUCGACAGUUUUUUCUCUCCCUGCCCGCCGAAAGCUUUUCGCAGCUGCUGAUGAGCGCCCAGCCCGCCAUGCGACUGCUGCAGCAUCUCGAGAGAAUGUUCGAGACGGAACCUAGUUUGAACUUGCACUCUGGUGUUUCGGGGACAUUUAUACUAGCCAGCAUCGGGUCGGCCAUCGACACGUGCAGCAAUACCGACUUCUUGCAGCUGCUGAUGUAUUUGCUAAAGUGCAUGUGCCAGACCUACUUUGCGCAGCUCCAGCGAUGGGUCUACAAGGGCGAACUAGACGAAGCGGUGAACGAGAUCUUUAUCAGACGCCGUGCGCCAUUGGAUCGACAGAUCGACGAGUGCAGCAAAGAGUUCUUCGAUAAGGGAUAUCAGGUGCACGAGGAGGAAGUGCCAGACUUCUUGUCGGGCUGCGAAACUGUCAUUCUCCAUUGUGGAAAAUACAAUCGCCUGCUCAAGGCUUGCAAUGCUCAGCAUCCCGCCUUUGAUGUGGCAUACCCCGAUAUAGUUGUUUGUCUCUCGGAGCAGCAGCUUACGACGAUGCGCAGGAACUUGAACGAUAAAUACAACAGGAUCCGACAAACCUUUGAAAAGUGCAGCAUGAAAAGCAUCUUUGAGGAGCGGAUGGCAUCCAAGCUUCGUUUCAAGAACCGCAUGGUCGAGCGAACGGAGUCCUUUAUUGCUGCCUGGGAGGAGGAGCAGCGCGAGCUCCUCCUGGAAUCGAAUGCCAAAAAGCGGCUGCUCUACGACAAGAUCAACGCAGAGCAGGAACUCCAGCAAAGGAAUCGUGUCCAGCAGCGCCGCCUGGAGGUCGUUCAAGAGCUGCAGCAUCAGCGGGACCGUGAACGGUACGAGGAUCAGCUGCUGGAACGGGAGAAGCUGGCUCUGAUAAAUAAAAUACAAGUACUCCGACAGCGGGACCUGGCAGCCGAGGAUGCUUCAGGAUGGGAAAUGGCCGAGAGCCCAGAUAAUAGUUCAAAUACCAGCUUUAAAUCUUGCCUUGAAGGCACAGACGCAGAUCUACAGACAGACGCAGACCCUUCUUCAUCGGUUGAUGAAGAACAAAAAGCAACAGACCCCCCUAAAUCCGUCGAUGAAGAACAAAAUGCAGUAGACCCAGAGCCUGCCCCUGCCUCUGUUGUGCCAUAUCAAAGAACUCACUCGGAUGUUCUGAAUUCCAACGAAGAAGAGCCCUCUUUACCCUCAGAGCUGAACCGCAAUCGUCGGAAAAUGUUGUCCUCCGCGCUGUUGCAGGAAUGCCAAUCGGAGGUGCAUCUGGAGGAGUCGUCAAGCACAGGAACAGAGCUAAGGGCCUUCCUGCCUCCGGACAUCAACAUGAACCUCAAUAGGUUGGAGGAAACCACUGAGCAGAGUGAUCUGCAGCGGAACCGACAGCGUAUGCUGCAGCAUGAUGGCUUCAAUGCCUUCAACUCCAUGGAGGAUGUGCACACCGAGCGCGUCAAGUGCCAGCUGAGGUCGGACUCGCCGCUGGCCAGGAAUCGGCGACGGGUGAUGGCAAGCGAGUUUGAUAUUCCGAGCAUUUGCAGAAAAAUUACCAUCCCAUUGUCCUCGAUUGCGGAGAGCGGCUUGCACUUGCCCCUCGAACUGAACAAGCUACAUUUGGAGGUGCCUCUGGAUGCUGCUACUCCCAUGUCCACCACAUCCGAUGUGGAUAUCGAUGGGCUCUCCGACCACAAUCCUUUCAAAGAAGAAGAGUCUGAGACAGAUGCAACGGAUUACAACGGACAUGCUCUUAUUAGUAAUGCCGGUCAUGAACAGGAUCCUGAACCGCUUUUGCCGGCCAAUCCAUUGGCUGUUGAGCCUGCACAAGCGUCUGUGGAGAGAAGAGUAACUUCAAUGACCAGCAGACUCCCAGCGGUUAGCUGGCCAACAAAUUUUGGAAAGAUAGCGGAACACGAAGAGCCUCAGAUCUCAGCCGUUUUGGUGCCGGAGUCGUGUAAUCCAUUUAUGGCCAGGCGCUGCCUGCAGAUGUCCGUGAUGGAGCCGGUCAGUGCGCACUACGCGCUGCUUCGCAACGAGGUGCUACGUAUCUUCAAGGAGCAGCACAUCUAUGAGCACUUUCGCAUGCUGCGAAACUACUUCUUUCUGCUGAACGGCGAGUUUGGGACACAGCUCACGGGCGGGAUUUUUGGCAACAUUAGGGCGGGCAUGGAUCCCCGCAGCCUGUGCCAGAAAGGUGUGCUGGACGUCAUUCUCAACAACGCGCUAGGAGGCUGUGCGGCGUCCGACGACACCCUUGUGGCACAGAAUCUCACAUUGGACUGCACAAAGAUACCGGAUGGCCUGGACUUUAUGUCGCUGGAGGCCACAGGCAUGCUGACGCUAAAGUGCAAGGUAAAUUGGCCGCUUAACUUGGUGAUUAGCGGUGAAACAAUCACCAAGUACGGGCAGAUCUUUGAGCAUCUGCUGAAGCUGCGGCACGUCACCUUUGUGCUCGAAGGCGCCUUCCAGCACCUACAGCACCUGGCCAAGCUGCACGGAGCAGCACUCCGCACUGCGCACCAGUUUAGGCACCUGCAGGCGGUGCGCCACAAGCUGUCGCACUUUAUGACCACGUUACAGACCCAUCUCGUUGCAAACGCGUUGCAGGCCACGUGGAACGCCUUCAAGAAGGACUUGUGUGGCUGCGACUCCAUCGAGGGUCUCUACCGGAUGCAUGUGGCGUAUUUGAAGCGGGUAGCAUUCCUGGCACUGCUCAAUCGUCGUAGCGCCAAGAUCAAAGAAACAAUUGACGGCAUUCUUGUGAUUGUGUUGAGGUUUUGCAAGGUUCUUCAGUCGCAGUCUUUCGUGAUCGACGGCGAGGUUUUUGUGCAUCCGCGCUACAAGCGCCUGGCGCACGAGGAGGCAGAGUUCGAGAAGUUCCUGCAAUACUUCAUCUACUUAGGCAACAAGUUGGCUGCCUCUGGGUACCAAGAAGAAAUCGGAGACCUGAUACGUGUUAUUAAUUUUAACAACUAUUACAAGUUAUCUGAGGGUGCCACAUCGACCAGCAAGAAUUAGAUGUAGUUAACGAGCGGCCAUUAUCGACAGAAACUGGUAUACGAUCUGUUCGAAGCAAGUGAGAAAAGGCUGUAUAAGAUUUUAAGGAUUGUUAGAAUGUAUGCUGCUUGAUCUUACUAGAACUUAAAGAAACCUGUAGCUAGUGUUUAUUAAAUAAUGUUGAAUUUUUCCCUAUGUAUAAAAUGACAAUUGUUUUAAUGGAAUAAAAAGAGCUA